AUGUAUUUUUCCAACUCAAAAGCAAAUCCAUUUCUUCCAUAAUCCUAACAGAACUCUCAGCACUUCUCUCCUUAAUAGUAAAAUGCUUUCAGUACAUUUUCACAGUCCAGAUAACUAACACUCAAUCAAUGUUUCUCACAAAACCAGAAUAGUCAAAAUCACUUUCAACCAUAAAACUAGCAAUAUCUCUCAACUCCAUAGAAGCCGAAAUAGAACUUCAACUCUAUCAAUCCAUUUCUCUCACCUAAUAAAGAAGCGCUAAGUAUGCAAAGCACCAAUCAGUUUUCAUAAAGUGGUGAUAGAUAUUCGUUUGGCCCUCAGACAGUUAAUAACUCUCUAUCUAGUAUGUUUACUCAGACUCUAGGAUUAAACCAAAACUCAACUUAUAAUUAGCUUCAAUAGAAUCCUCCUCAAAUGAAUACAUUCCACUCACAACUAAGUCACGCAAAUGCUUUUGCUAAUUCAUAGGGAUUUCAGUUUAUUAAUGGAAAUUGCAAUGGAUUCAACUAAAGCCUUAACCAGCCUCAAAAUAAUCCCUUUGCUUAAAAUCAGAUCCAAGGUCAGACAACAGCAUUUACACCAGGCUUUCCCUUCUAGCCCAACAACUUAUAAAGCACGGCUCAAAGCACUUAAUUUGGCACUAACUCUACAAUAUAAAAUCCUUUUCAAAAUAGUAAUUAAAGUAACUGGACUAAUCAAUUCUCGAUGCCACAGGCUUAAACCAAUCAAAGUAAUAUGACAAUGCUACCUGCUUUCUAAACACAAUAGCCUUGCUUCAAUCAAAGUUCAGCAUUUUUCACUCAAUAAUAAUAACAAAAUUAGUAGUCCUUACCUAUACUCUAGAAUUGGUAGGAACUUCAAAUACCAGACUAGGUUGAUAUGAUUCAGGAAAUGAUCAAGAACCCAAAGCUUUACUUUCUCAACAUUAAAAAUAAUAAGCAAAUGGUAAGUCAAAUGAUCAAGAUCAUUAAGAAUUAAGAGUCUAAAGAAAGUGUGAAAUUUACACAAUUACCAAAAUCUAACAAGUACUUUUAUCUUAAGCUAGAAGAUAUAGAUGAUUAAAAAUCUCAAAACAAAAUCAAGAUCAUCAAAAGAACACUAGGUAGACAAAUCAAAAUGUAGAAUUAGAUAUAAAUUUCAAUGAAAAAUGAGAUUGAAGCAGGACUUAAAGAGAUAUAACAUAAUAUUUCUGAAUCAUAUAGAGAGAUCUAUAAUAUGAAUAUCAAAUAGUCUAAGGUCUCUAUUGAUGCUUAAUGUCUUAGUAGCAAGUUGAAAUAAUUUAUGAACAUCAGAGCUGCCUUAAAGGAUCAAGUUUACAAUUACUUGAAUAAAAAGCGGGUUAAUUACACAAUCCCCUACCAGUUCUUUGGUGAGUUGCAAAAGUAGCAGUCAAAUGAACUAACUAUUUUAGAUAAAAACAUAGAUACUAUCUAUCAAAGCAUAACUUCAAGACAGAGCGAUUCAGAUCUUUUUUCCAAAUAUGACCCUAUGUAAUACAAACUCAAAGUAUAUGAAACACUUAGAUUGUUUUAUGUCUAACAGUAAGCGUUGGCUAAUAAAUCAUAUUAAAUGGACAAAAGAACUAAAUAAACUAAAGAGUAAUUCAAGACUAUAUUUUUUAGAAUAAACACUUAGGCAGGCUUUGAUGAUUUUGAAAAGCUAUUUCAAUAUAAUGACACAAUUUAAGCAGCUAAGGCAAGUUAAGACGCAUUGAAAGAAUUUAAUGCCAAGACUGAAGGGUAGUAACUAGCCACACUAUUUGAAAAAUCGAACAUCAUUGGUUCUAAGGCUAAAGAUGAUAAAAAUGAUUAACAGAUGUAAUGUCCUAGGCUGUCAUCAAGAAUUUUAUCUCAUUAGUAUUGCUAAAGUUUAAAGCUUGAGCCAAAGCCACACAAAUUGUUUUCUAAUGUGAAAAACAUAUUCUAAAGAGAAAAUAUUGGAAAAGCAAGCAAUAAUCAAUAGAAUCUGGAACUUCAAUAGAAAUAAAGGGAACUAUUCUAAUAAUAGGUAAAGUCACCUGCAUCGAUUCUCAAGAAGUAAAUCAAUUUAGAAAGAUAAGGUUAAGAAAAUAAAAAUGUCAAAUUUUCUAUAAAUUAGACAUUCAAAGCCUCCAAUAAUAAAAGACCUUUUGAUUCAUAUUUAUAGAACAUUAGAAAGUAAUAAUCUUUAACUGAAAAAUCUGAUAAGAAUAAUAGUUCUGAGAAAUUGAGAAUUUAGAAGUUCAAUGAGAAGUAUAAGGUGGAUGAGAAUAGAUAUGAGUAACAUGAAUAUCAAGUGAACAAGAGUGCUAGAUCUAAGAAAUGGGGUAAAUCAAUGAUUUAAAAUCUAGGUAUUAAGUUGCAUGAUAUCGUAGGAAAUAAAUUCUUUAAGAGAAGUAGAUAUAAUCCAUUAUGA